AUAAAACACCAGAAGAAGAAGGGGAGGCGGAAGAUGAUUUCCACAUGUGUUGCUGUAACCUUGUAGCUGUCUGUGUGGGGCCUACAGAGAGUACCGAACGCUUGACUUAAUGUGAACAGCAACGCGUUUUAGUUGGAAUGAGGCUAUUUGAAUCUCUGUAGAGAUUGUUUGUCUUUUAGCCCCCCCUAAAGCUUCAGCUUCACACGGACAGUACCAGCGUGGGCCCAGCCCGGACACACAGAGUGUGAACCAUGGCCGUCCAAGUGACUGAGUCUGACCAGAUCAAACAGUUCAAGGAGUUUUUGGGGACAUACAACAAAGUGACCGAGAACUGCUUCAUGGACUGUGUCAAAGAUUUCACCACGAGAGAUGUGAAGCCUGAGGAGUCAAGCUGCUCGGAGUCCUGCCUGCAGAAGUAUCUAAAGAUGACUCAGCGGAUCUCCAUGCGCUUCCAGGAGUAUCACAUUCAGCAGAACGAAGCUCUUGCUGCUAAGGCUGGACUGCUGGGACAGCCUCGCUGAACUGCUCUCAAACUGAAAGUAAGCAUGGUCAAAUUGGUCCUGGUCCAGCAGCGCCUCGGUCAUCAGAGUAAAAACUACAACUGCUUCUGAUGGUGUUUGGUGUAAAACUGACCCAAGGCUUGGACAUCUCACAGGACAACCUGUGCAUAAAGGCUCAUUGAGUUUCUAAAGCUGAACAGCUGCAAAGCAAAAUCCUGAUUCUGUCUGAUCUUCUGUGGCAGAAUAGUGUGAAACUGGGGUAUAUGUUUUUGCAUCUUGUGUACUGAAACUGGUAAUAAUGGUUUUACUGGGGGGGGUUAUAUAUAGCUCCUGACCAGAUGUUUUGCUCUUUGUCUGAAAAUAAUAAAACCAACAAAGUCAAAGAUUUUA